UAGAGCUUCGUUUCCUUUCGUUUUCACUACUGUUUAAUUUGUUGUUUGGUUUGGUUGGAAUGAAAUGGGCUGGGUGGUUGACUAGGCGCCGGGUUGACCAAGGUUAUUGUAAGAAGUAUUCCUAAUGUCGGGAUUUGCGAAUGGAAGUAUAACUUUAGACGAGGAGCGGGAUGUUUACUAUGCCGGCCAAGUACUGUCAGGAAAACUUGAGUUUGGAAUCAAUGAGCCACUUCAGUUCAAGGCCAUCAACCUCAUAUUCCAUGGUGAAGCCAACGUGUCUUGGGUGGAAACAGAGGUGGAGGAAUAUGCCGGAGUGCGGAGUUACAAUAACAUACAAUAUGGCGGCGAAGAGGUGUUCUUCCAUGUAGAGCAAUGUGUUUGUGGAGGUGUCGGUGAAUCUCAGCUGCAGCCCGGGAGCCACGUUAUUCCAUUCCGGUUCCAAAUACCACCCACAGUGCCUUCGAGCUUCGGUACAGGGGACGAUGAUGAAGAGAGAACCAUUUAUUACUUUGUCAAGGCAGUUCUCGAGUACCAAUGUGGCCGUGAAAGCGAAGAGUUGGAGAAAGAUUUCCAAGUUGUGGUGCCACUGGAUUUGAACCUCAAUCCGGAGAUGCAGGUAGAGAACGAGGUUAUCUUCGAGGAAGCCAUCAGUUCCUGCUUGUGCGGCUCAGGGCUACUGAAGGUGACCGUGACGCUGCCGGCCACCGGCUUCGCGCCUGCCAUGGUGAUGCCUAUUGCUGUCAAAGCUGAUAACCAGAGCUCGGUGGAGAUCACCAAGAUUCACUUCGAGCUGGUUCAGAGGGUAAAAUAUUUCAGCACGGACCCGCCAUCAAAAAAGGAGGAACCGGAAACCAGGCUCCAGUACUCUAAAACCGGUGCCGUUCCAGCCAAGACGAGGAGGAACUUCGAACACAACUUCCGGAUACCGGAUUUAAUACCGGUUAUCACGCAGAAUUGUAACACCAUCAAAGUGGGUUACUUUUUUAAGAUGAAAUUAGUCCUCAGCGGCUGCAACGACGAUCUAGAAGACGAAAUGGAAAUUUGUCUCGGCCAAAUUCCUAUACGAGAGAUGAUAGACGGGGACUACGUACAUCCCUUACAAAGUGACCUACCUAAAGGCCCUAUACCCCAUCCAGGGGAACCACCUAUAGAAAUACCCCCUUAUGUAUAUCCGUCACAGACUUUACAAGUUAUUUCUAAUUAUACUGUAAGUGCUUAUACUUAUCCUAAUCAAAAUCAACCUUACCCUGGUGUCAAUUGUAGCACUGGCGCGAACUCACCAUAUCAUGUUAGAAUCCCACCUUAUCCAGGUGGUAACCCUAUUGCUACCCCGAACCCACCUUACCCAGGUGGUAACCCUAUUGCUACCCCGAAUCCACCUUACCCAGGUGGUAACCCUAUUGCUACCCCGAACCCACCUUACCCAGGUGGUAACCCUAUUGCUACCCCGAAACCACCCUACCCAGGUGGCAACCCACCAUACCCUGGCGUCCCUGGACCUAACCCUCCCUAUCCUAGUAACCCUGCCCCUGUCAUAGGGUUUGUGGCCAGUCCAGUGUACCCUCCUUCUACGGGAACCUCUACGCCUUACAAUCCAAGCGCGCCUCCGGAGUAACUAAUGGUACAGUUGUAACGUCGAGUAAUAUAGUAUUUACAAAACGGGAGUUUUGGAGUCAAAAUAAUUUGAACCUUCUAUAAAGCAAUUAAAUUUCAUAUUUAAAUGACAGCACCAAUCCUAGCCGUGUGGCGUGUUCGCGACCGUUACUGCUGCCAUAUAAAUAUGAAAUCUAACUACUGUGUGGAAGGUUCUAACUUCUUUGACUCAAAACGCGCACCGACUCGGGCGGUUUGUGAAUCCUACAUAAUAUGGCACUGUCAGGAUAUUUUACAUAAACGUACAAUAAUGGAGUUGGCCGGUCGAUGUAUUUUACAGUUGGCGCCAGUAUAGCUUGCCCUGUCAAACCUUGUUUCCAAUUCUUGUUUUUUUUGUAUAUUAUGGCCUUGAUGCCAGGCCCUGUAAGUCAAAUAUCAUACAAAAAAACUAGAGAAAGGAACAAGCUAUGAUGGCGCCAUCUAUACAAAAAUUUGACAGUUGCCAACCCCAUUACACUUAAUUUAAUGAACAUAAAGUCUAUUUUAAAGUUUAAUGAAUAUAAAGUUGCUAUUUUAUUGCUGUGCAUGCUGUGCCUUUAAAAAUAGUGAUAAGUCAAAUUUAUAUUAUUGUGUAUUUUUUUAUAAUUUUAUAAAUUUAAUUAUAGUAAAAAGUAAUCUAACAUAACCACCCGGCCUAUGAUGGUCAUGCUUUGAUCGAUUGACGUGGCCGCCACGUUCUAACACGUGGUAUUCAUAUAACAAUAAACAAAUAUUUUUAAACUACAUUUACCCAGAAAUUGCAAAUCAGUGUGGUAUCGUAUGUACGGGUUACCAAGCAAGGGUAACCCAUAGGUAUGCAAAGGGUUUAUUUUUCUUACAAGCGACUGUACUUACAUUUAUUUAGGAUGUAUAAGCUAUGUAGUAGCUCCAUCUGAUCUUAUUGACUAGGCAUACAUAUAAGCCGAAGUGAACUAUAUUCAGAUUAUAAUAAAUAUUAGUUAUGAAGUUAUCUAAGUAUAUUAGCUGUAUACUUGUAAGAACUGUCGUUGUGAUUAAACCUUUCAGCUUUGCUAAUAAAGUCGCUUUUUGAACCAGGUAUAUUAAAAUAUAUCCACGGCUAGUAGAAUUACAAAUUACGUAUUUUUAUAAAGCAGAACUGCCAUAAGCCAUAACAAUAAAGAAAUAAAAACAAUAUAACUGUUAUAAUUAUAAGUAUUUCUACUACUUACCCGUUGUUGUUGUUGUACAAACAGCAACACUCUUAAUAUAUAUUGGUGGACCUUAUUACAAAAGGCAUAAGGUCCUCCUAUGUAUAGUUAACAGUGGGCGAUAUGGUAACUACCUCAAGUGCAUUUGUAAUUUUUGAAACUAUUUUGUACAAAAAUGUUGCUCUAUUUGAUGCAUUUUACUUAUCAAGUACGAAUACUAAAAGAAUCACAAAUCGAAAUAAUGUACAAAUGAUAUUAUUAUUAUAUUUAUUAUAUAUAUGUAAGCUGUAAUGUUUGUUAUGUGCCAUUUUAAAAUAAAAGGUGCUAUGUUUCAGAAUGUAUCUACUUUUUUUAUUUUAUUAUACAUUAUUGUUUAUUGUAUUGUUACCUAUUUCACUUUCGGUAUGUUACAAAUUUUGUUAUCGCGGAAAUAAUUAUUGAUUU